AAACUGAGGUGACAGGAGGGUGGUGCUGCAGUUCAUAUCUCAAUGCUUAGAUGUUAUAACUCAGCUCCCGCCUUCUCAAGCAACCAUGUCAGAAGGGGACAGUAUUGGCGAGUCUGUUCAUGGAAAGCCUUCCGUGGUCUAUAGAUUUUUCUCAAGACUUGGACAGAUCUACCAGUCCUGGUUAGACAAAUCUACUCCAUAUACUGCAGUGCGAUGGAUUGUAACUUUGGGUCUGAGUUUUAUCUACAUGAUUAGAGUUUAUUUACUGCAGGGUUGGUACAUUGUGACAUAUGCCUUGGGAAUCUACCAUCUAAAUCUCUUCAUAGCUUUCUUGUCGCCAAAGGUAGACCCUUCUUUAAUGGAAGAUUCAGAUGAUGGUCCUUCCUUACCUACAAGGCAAAAUGAAGAAUUUCGGCCUUUCAUUAGAAGGCUCCCAGAGUUUAAAUUCUGGCACUCUGCCACUAAAGGAAUCCUGGUUGCUAUGGCAUGUACAUUCUUCGAGGCUUUCAACGUUCCUGUUUUUUGGCCAAUCCUUGUGAUGUACUUCAUUAUGCUAUUUUGUAUCACUAUGAAGAGGCAAAUCAAGCACAUGAUAAAGUACAGAUAUAUACCCUUCACACAUGGCAAGAGGAAAUACAAAGGGAAAGAAGAUGUGGGAAAGACCUUUGCUAGCUAGAAGAUCCAAUCAACCUGUUGACCAAUUCUGCUUCUAACUAAAGGAACGAUUUUGAGCCAUUGUAACAAUGCCUUUUUUCUUCAUAAAAAAUGAUUAACACAGUGGUGACAAAGCGGUUGAAUUUUCAUUUUAAGAGGAUCUUGCUAUUUUUAUCUGAAAUAUCAGUUUCUUGAAGAAACUGGCAUUCUAACCGGAUUGCAUUGAGUUUAUUAUCUUUUGUAAGAAGUUGGAGAAACUGUGGAUAAUCCCAUGGAUUUGGGAUAAUGCAUUUCUUUCAAGAUCCAUUGCCCUGGAGAGAUUAAUGGCUUAGAGUUGGAUAUUUUUACAUAGUUCUCUUGCUCAAUAUCACCCUGAAGUGCUGUGCACGUAUGUGGAGGAAAAAUGUAAGAUGGCACACAUGAUGCUGUUUUCUGCUUCAUGGCCGUGUGCUAUUUUCAUGGAAAAAUACAGUAGACCUAAAUAGAUGCAGAACUUAAGCCAGUUUCCUAAAUGCAUGGUAUUACUGAGUUAUAACCAAACAGAUAUAGGUAGGAAUAAGAAAUCUCCUAAAUUAUGGGUUUUGCAGUAGGCAAAAAAUACUCGUACAGCUUCUAAAGUAACUCAUUUGUGUUGGGUUUCAAUGCCAGUUUCACCAUUACAUCUCCUAGCAGAUGCUAAAAUUGGGCUCUUUCGUAAUGACUCAAAACUUUGUUCAAACUCUAUCACAAUUUCCUUUGAGGACCUGGAAUUAUAAAUAUAUAUAUAUAUUUUAAUUGUUAUUAGUUGGAGUUUCUUUCAUACUUAAGGGUUUCUUGAUUAAUUUAAGCUGACUUCAUGCAGCCCCUUCAGAACAUACCCCAACUGGCCAUAGCAGACGAACGGUGUGGGUUUUAACACAGCUUUUCAUUUUCUAUGGGGAAAAAAAAAGAGAUAAAUGACCUGCAUGUAAAUUUUUUCAUGUGAUACAACUGCAGUUUUAUUAAGUGACUUUUUAAUUCCAAAAUUUAUUAAAAGACAGUGUCCCCCUUUA